AUGGGAGGCUGUUUAGGUUUACAGAGAAAUCGCAGGGGAAGGAAUGCAUCCUCGGACAAUGGAUCUCGCCCGAGUUCUGGUACCAAUAGAAAAAAUCAUCCAUUAUGCCAUGAAACUAUACGUUGGAAGUCUGAUGUUCCCUUAACUGAAGGUCAAUUACGAAGCAAAAGAGAUGAAUUUUGGGAUACGGCUCCAGCAUUUGAAGGGCGUAAAGAAAUAUGGGAUGCAUUAAGAGCAGCUACUGCAGCUGCUGAAACGACUGAUUUUCAAUUGGCACAAGCUAUAUUGGAUGGCGCUAACAUUUCAGUUCCUAACGGAUUUCUAACUGAGUGCUAUGAUGAACUAGGAACACGAUACCAAGUUCCAGUGUACUGCCUUUCUUAUCCUAUAAAUAUUGUGAAAGAAGGAAGCGGAAGAGAUUCUCCAGUUGAUCAAACAGAAUCCUCAGAUGAAGGUUCUGAAAUUAUGUUAAAACUUCGUCUAUCAUCCAAUUGUCAAGAUAUAAAAAUGCCACUCAUGACAAGAGACACAAUAGCACAAGCUAAAAAGAAAUUACAAGCUAAACAGGGCAUUGAACCUCUACAUCAAAGAUGGUUUUUCGGUGGUAAGCUGUUGGGUGAUAAAUUACAUAUAGAUGAAGCUAGAAUUCUUCCAAGUUAUGUAAUUCAAGUAAUUAUUAAUCCUGAACCAACAAAUGAAAGCUGA